AUGCAGAUUUUCAACAGAACCAGUCAACUUAUCUGCUCUGCCGACGACAUUGACAUAGUCGGCAAAUUAUCAUCUGCCGAUGGCGAGAAUGCCGGACAACGGUCCUGCAGAACAUUAGCUAGCAAUCCGGUUGGCACCAGACGAGCAGGGGUGCAACAGGUGAGGUACCGAUCCCUGCUGUUGACAAAGUUCUUCACCAAAGGCUGGGGCAAACCAGAAAAUCUCGAAAGACUAUUCAACUUCCGGAAAAUCAUCUCCAACCGAGCGGCCUGCUCGAAGCUCGUUCCACCGGACUACCCGAUCGAGAUCACCAAGGAGGAGGUCACCUCCGACUGCAAACUGCUGACGGGCAAGUUUAAAACCCCGCUGGAAAUUUACCUACCCGGGCUGGUGCCGGAUGUGGUGCAGGAUGCGCACUUCCAGAUCGUGCUACCCCUUAAGUGGAGGGACGAACGCUUCAAGCCGAUGUGCAUCCAUCUUGCCGGAACCGGUGAUCAUUAUUUCUGGAAACGACGGAAUCUCAUCGUCAAACCGCUGCUGAAGGAAGCGAAUAUUGGAGCGAUUAUUUUAGAAAAUCCUUUCUAUGGAGCUAGGAAGCCAAAGGAUCAAAGGGCGUCCAGUUUGCACAAUGUAUCGGAUAUUUUCGUUAUGGGCGGAUGUCUCGUUUUGGAGUCGUUGGUUCUGUUGAACUGGUGCGAACGGAAUGGACUGGGUCCUCUCGGAAUCACUGGUCUAUCGAUGGGAGGCCACAUGGCCUCAUUGGCCGCUACAAACUGGCCCAAACCGUUGGUCCUCGUUCCUUGUCUCAGCUGGUCGACGGCAUCUUCUGUUUUCACCGAAGGCGUCAUGAGUCAUUCCAUCAACUGGGACGUGCUAGAAACGCAGUACUUCUCCGAUGGUAACUACAAAGAGAGACUUUCAAAAAUGGUAACCGUUGUCGAUGAUGCAUUCAAGGCUGGACGGAAUUUCAUGCAAAACUUCAACCAAUCUGUGGAAGAACUCAAGCAGGAUAUCUCCGAUACCAACGAUCUGGUGUGCGGUGUUCCUCAAAACGACGUCAACCUGACGAUCAUUCGCGAAACGACUCCCGAAUGUGAGCAGAAACGCAUUCAAAUCAACCAAACAAACGUUCUGAACCUUUCGGAACCGCUUUUAAACAAACUGCUCUCGGAUGUCAAGAGUGAACUUGAUCAAGCCGAGAUCGACGAGUUGAACGCAAAAAUUCAACUUGCUCUCAAAAACUACAAAGAAGAAAACAAGACUGAAAGCAACAAUCUGAUUCUCGAGGUAAAAACCGAAGGUUCACCGGAAACGGCACCAUCCAAAUCUUUGGGAAGCAAAAUUUUGGAAUUCGUGACCUGGUCCAGUAAUAGUUCGAACACAAUCGAAACUUCGCCUCCGACGGAGAAACGAACCCCAAUAAACAUCAGCAAAACUCGCUGGUGGGAACGUGAAGCGCUUCAAUUCAUGCGCGGCAUGAUGGACGAAUGCACACACCUGAAAAACUUCUCCGUUCCCUACGAUACCUCACUGAUCAUCGCUGUUUGCGCCAAAGACGAUGCCUACAUUCCACGGGACGGGUGCUCCAGCUUGGAGGAAAUCUGGCCCGGUGCCGAAAUUCGCUAUCUGGAUGCCGGUCAUGUCAGCGCCUACGUGCUGCACCAGAAGUUGUUCCGUUCGUGCAUCAUCGAAGCAUUCGAGAGAGCACGCCAAAAGUGGAUUCCUCAGCAGGAACAACGAUUCGAGGAAAUUACCGGUGACGAGAACGGCGGCGAUUCUACCAGAAAAUAGUUACCGCGGCCUCCGAGACGGGACUCCCUGGGCACACGGGCUGUGAUAACACCAUACAAAGAUUAAGCGAUCGAGUUCCCUCUCAAGCGGAAAAGAUCCACCUACAACAGAAGAUUGUGAAAUACAAUAUCCUAAAUCAUUAAAGCGAUGAAAGCGUCUGUCUUGAAAAACGAAAGGUUCACACUAGUGGUACCUAGAUGAAGGAAACAAAUGCCAGAUUUUCAACUUUACUUCCGAUCCGGAAGUAAUCACUGAAAGUUGAUCAAUCAAAGCUCAAUACGAGGGCACACAUCAGUGUUUCAGAUUCGAAGCAAAGUUUGUUCUUUUUUUAUAGUCAGUAUUUCCUAGAAGAAAUCCAAAUUGUACCAAUCACUUCGCAUUGUGUAAUUGUUUAAAUUUAUAUUAAAGUCAUGAAUGCGUUUAUGUACCAGCCAUAAUUAGAUGUUUUUAUUUUGCGCCCAAAUAAAUGUUUUAAGUAUAAAAUGUUCAAGUA